CAUGAUAUUAGCACUAGUACUCUACAUUUUUCAGUUGCUCUUGAAUUGAUGGACGAGUUUGUGUCUGAUGAUGAUGCGUGGCUUGCAAUGGAGGGUGGCGAAGCUGCACACUGUGGAGAGCAGCUCAUCCUCCUUGUACAGGGCAUUACUGAUCGCUAUAAAAGACUUCCGCAGCCGGGACAUAGGUUACAGUUCCUGGAGCUGCAACUUGAGCUUCUGGAUGAUUUUCGAGUGAGAGUGUUACAGGUGAUGAAGAGCGAGCGACAGGAUCCUUUGAACUCACACUACCCAGCUAUUCUCAACACCGUGCAUCACAUUGCUGCAACUCUCACCGACUGGGCUGAUCUUCCGUUCUUUGUGGAGAUGCAGUACUAUAGGGAACAGUUCAGCCACAUCCAGGAUCAGACCACAGCAGCGCUGGCCGGGUACGAGACGGCAAGAUCUACAUCUCCGGAUGACCCUUCGUCAUUCACCUUUCACUCGCCUGAUGUUUCUCUGCUGAAUACCACGGUCUCACCUGAGGUCUUGGCCCGUCAGGAUGCCUUAGAUUCGCUCAACACCAACACAGAAGUACCAACUGCAGCUCGACUGGCAGAGGUUUCAGGCUCGGUAUUUGACAGCACAGUUGACUUGUAUACGCACAUCCAGGGAGAGAUGGUCCGCACUCUUGCCAGCUAUGUGUUUACGGAGGUUCGUGCUCGGAGCCAACCAUAUAGGAAGGACAAGUGGUUCUAUACGACAAACCCCAAGGCAUUGCAAGACUCAAACAAAAUAACCGAUCCGAGUCCCAGUAUUUGUCCAAUGCUGGAGGUGCUGGCGAGACAUCUUCAUGCUCUCAGAGAUGUGUUGGCAACUCCUCUUUUCACACAGUUAUGGAAGAUUGUUGCCGAUACCCUCAACAAGUAUGUGUAUGAAGAGGUAAUUCUCCAGACCCGGUUUAGUGACACUGGUGCCGCUCAGUUCAAGUUUGACAUGUUACGUGGCUUAUUCCCAAUCUUUGGGGAAUUUACGCAGAAACCAGAAAAUUUCUUCAAGUUAGUCAAGGAGUCCGUGAUCUUGCUCACCUUGCCUCAUGCAACGGCCUUUCUGCUGAGGGACACCAUACGCAUGUGGCGCGACGACCAAGAUGCUUUCAGCCUUGUUAUCUCACCAGUGAAAGCCCUGGCCGAGCAGGGGGUGACGCUCCUCACGCCGAAAGAAGCGGACGUGGUUAUGAACAUCAGGAUCUAUGAGCAAAAUAGGAUGGGUUCGUAGGAGGCUAGAGUAUCAGUGUUGAGCGUUUCCCCGAAUGCGCAACACAUUGUAGAUAAAGGGAUUACCUCCAAGGGCGACAUCAGCUUCACUUUACAAUGAAACCCGUGGAAAGAUCACAAUAGUUUCUGCUCAACUUUUUAUUUUCAAAUAUGAUAAAAUAUACGUUCAUGAUAAUAAUCAAUAACUAUCUUCAUUCUCUCUGACGUCUCAACUCUCUUGCUAGGAAAUUAAAAUUUAGAUGUUUUUUUUUCUAUUAGUAUGAUAUAAUAGUUAUUUUCAAAUAUGCUGAAUGAAAAAUGUUAAUAAGGAUUUUCUUUCUUGGCUGGAAGUUUAGCAUGGUUAAAAUACAGCCCAGUUUUGUACUAUAAAAGGAAACGGCAGUUGUAAUAGGUUCUGUUUGUGUAUUGUGUAUGCAUUUAUGUUAAUGUGAAAUAAAUUUUUUUGUGGACAA